UGCUGUAAGUGAGGUCGACUGUGGCCAUUCAGUGUGCAUACCAGCCGCCUGGCAGUGUGACUAUCUAACAGAGUGUUUCGAUGGGCGUGACGAAAUGAAUUGUGAUGAUCGAUCCAUACAACUCAACGCUGAUGAGACAGCCCAAAUAUCCAUACCCUUUCCGAGCAGCUACCCAAGCAACAUCGACAUCAGUUGGGUCAUUCGAACGGUAUUUGGUCGGAAGAUCUUCAUCACUUAUCCUAACUCGGUAGCAAUAGAGGGAUCCUAUGUUUUUCGAGCUGGUGAUGGUACCGAUGGCAGCAUGUACCAGGACGUCUUCUUCCGGUGGAGUAGCAACAGCAAAAGGCCUCCGAACUUGCUCUCAAACGGAAAUUCAAUGUGGAUACGACUCGAACCUACAGGCAAAGACCUCGAUGCAGAUGCUCUGUUUUUGGCUUCAAGCGUGCCAGUGACAGAAACUGUAAUGUGUCCUCCUCUGGCGGAUAUUGACUGCGGGCAUGAUGUAUGCAUCACUAACGCGUGGCAGUGUGAUGGCCAAUCAGACUGCCCCAACGGCCAAGAUGAACUCAACUGUGAUGAAGAUCGCAUUGUUUAUAUCCCUGCAAGCGAGACAGCCGUACUGAGGUCCACACUGUACCCUGACAACUAUCCCCACAGCCUCGACAUCACCUGGGUCCUGACAACGGAAGAAGACCUCAAGUUUCUCAUCUCAGUUCUAGACUUUGAAACCCAACGAAGUGGAGACUAUCUCCGUGCUGGCGAUGGAAACAAUACGGAUAACGGCGAGUUCUUCGUUUGGCAUGGGUCCAAACAACCACCAGAUUUGCUCUCUGGUGGAAAUCAGAUGUGGCUGAGAUUCACCUCGAAUAGUUACUCAAGUCGCGAUGGCUUUGAACUAUCGGCUUCUAGUGUUCCAUCAACUGAAACUUUAACGUGUCCUCCUCUGGCGGAUAUUGACUGCGGGCAUGAUGUAUGCAUCACUAACGCGUGGCAGUGUGAUGGCCAAUCAGACUGCCUCAACGGCCAAGAUGAACUCAACUGUGAUAAAGAUCGCAUUGUUUAUAUCCCUGCAAGUGAGACAGCCAUACUGAGGUCCACACUGUACCCUGAUAAUUACUAUCCAAACAACCUCGACAUCACCUGGCUCCUGACCACAGAAGAAGAGCUCAAGUUUCUGAUCACAUUCCUAGAAUUUGAAACCCAACGAGAUGGAGAUUAUCUCCGUGCUGGCGAUGGUAACAAUACGGCCAACGACGAGUUCUUUGUUUGGCAUGGAACCAAACAUCCACAAGAUUUUCUGUCCGAUGGAAAUCAGAUGUGGCUGAGAUUCACCUCGAAUGGUUACUCAAGUCGCGAUGGCUUUCAUCUAUCGGCUUCCAGUGUUCCAUCAAACGAAACCUUGACGUGUAUCCCUGGUGAUGUAGACUGUGGACAUUCUGUUUGCAUUCCUGGUGCCUGGCAGUGUGAUGGUCAGUCAGACUGUCUGGAUGGACGUGAUGAACUCAAUUGCGAUGAGGACAGGGUCGUGUAUCUCAGUGCGGGCGAGACAGGGCGGAUAGCCUCAACCCUGUAUCCAGAGAACUAUCCUCACAACCUGACCGUUACCUGGAUCCUUCAAACGGAAGAGAGCAGAAAGAUCCUACUGAACUUCUCGGCGUUUGACACUGAGAACAGAUUGGACUUCCUCCAGGUCGGAGAUGGAGACAGCACUGCGUUCUUUGAGUGGAGCUGGAGCAAACUGCCUCCUGAGCUGCUGUCAAGCGGCAGCACAAUGUGGCUGAGAUUCAUAUCCGAUGAAAGCAUCUCAAGGACUGGGUUUUUGUUGUCCGCUUCUAGCGUCCAGAAAGAAAAUUUGACGUGUUCGGCGGACGAAUUGGAUUGUGGACAUUCGGUGUGCAUUAGGAGUGACUGGCAGUGUGAUCACGUACCGGACUGCAUGGAUGGGAGUGAUGAAUCAAACUGCAAUUAUGAUGUAUAUCUGAAUGCAGAUGAAAGUGUUAGCAUAGCAUCUCCACUAUAUCCUUCCGACUAUCCCAACAACUUUGGCAUGACGUUGAACAUCCAAACGGAGGAGGAUCGCAAGAUUCUCAUCACCUUCGCUGGUUUCGAGACUUCGGGUGAAGAUGGCGUUUUUCGAGCUGGCGAUGGCAUAAAUGGUGUGAAUGGCAGUGACGUGUUUUUUAUUUUGAGCGGUGACCGGCAAGCACCCGAGCUACUCUCCGAUGGAAAUAUGAUGUGGAUCAGCUUCGAAUCAGGCAAAGGCACUCCAAGCCGGGGAUUCUCGUUAUCUGCUGCUAGCGUUCCAUCGACUGAAACGCUGAGGUGCACCUUGUCUGAAAUUGACUGUGGGAACGUGUGUGUUUCUGGAAACGGUCGGUGUGAUGGUUUUUCGGACUGCGUCGACGGACGUGAUGAAACCGACUGCGCAAGCUGUGAAGGUCGUUGUUUCUUAGAUGGAAGCAGGGGUGGAUGCUUUUGCGAUGAUGUGUGCGAAUCUUUCGGAGAUUGUUGCUCCGACUUUGUUGUCAAAUGCAAGGCCUUUCUCUUCUUCACAACUCCACUACCAGCUGUCAAUGAAUGCAAUCCGCCGUCCCAUAAUUGUGAUGUUAAUGCAAUCUGUACUGACACGCCGUCGAGUUUCACAUGCACCUGCACUUCAGGAUUUGUAGGAGAUGGUACAACUUGCGCAGAUGUGCAGUCUCCAAACAUCACUUGUCCCGCCGACCUGACAGUUUACACUAACUGUCGCAAGAACUAUUCAAGAGUCUUGCUACCUGAGGCAGAUUCUGUCUUCGACAACUCGGGUGUCUCCUACAUUACAAUUGAUGUAGAUGGCUCUGCCUACGACGCUUUUGACACUGUCAACCUUGAUAUCUGGUCGUCGCCCCAUUUAGUGCGCUACAAUGCAACCGACGAGUCCUUUAAUUUUGCACAGUGUGAAAUGUACAUCAGAGUUGCUGCGCUUCCAGAUUCAUCGUUUUGCACAUCAACGGCCAACCCUCCAAACUGCAUUUGUCUGCCUGCCAUGGGACAAGGCUGCACCUGCUCGUCCGGAUACUGUGGACACGACUGUUCUCAGUCAUCGGAGGGUGUCGAGUGCAUUGGUCCUGCUAUGCCAUAUCCAAAUUGCACAGACAUUGAUGAAUGCGAUCCAGGGCACUCGGGUCCACGCUGUACCUCUGAUGCCGGCAAAGUUCAGUGUCCCGAGGUUGAUAACAAGUGUCUUGGCGAGGGAGUCUCAGCUGCUUAUGUCGGUUGGAUACUUUCCGAUGACAUCAAUCAAGCUGACAUCGAUUGUGUAGAUUUCGCUGGGAACAGAUCCAGCUUGAAUGCCACAGGGGGAACGUUUGGUACUGGCGAUCACGACGUGAUCUGCUUUUCCAAAACCGAUGCCUUUCCGGAGUGUCUCAUUUCCUUUAUAGUUUCAGCCUACCCAAGUCUCACAGUACCAGCCGUCGAUGAUCAGUGCACGGACCCAGGCAUGGACACAUCUACAGUGACAUGGACCGAGGUUUAUGCCACGGACGCCGGUGAAGUCACCAUCGAUUGCACAGAGUCUGGUGAUGGCGUCGGUGUCGGUAUUGCAGGAGGUGUAUUUGGAGUGGGGAACCAUACCAUCACCUGCCGUGCUGUCAAUUCCGCUGGCUGUGUGACUUCUGAGGAUUUCAGUUUCACCGUCAAGAAGGGAAACCUGCUACCAUUUGGCCCGGCGAUUGGGGAUGGCCUCCUGUCAGAUGUACCCCAGGAGUCAUUUCUGCCAAGUAAGGAUUUGAUAUCACCUACCAUCUACCCGCCAGAUUUCUUUCCCUUCUGCGAUGGACUGUACCAGAAACUGUAUUUCACUGACAAUGGUGUGAUUGUCCUUUCGAAUGAGCAAAGUCUCGACAAACUCGGAUUUCCUAGUGCGCCAAGUAGUGUCUUCACUGGCAACAAGGCAAUGAUAACUCCAUUUUGGGCCGAUGUCAAAGGCGAUGCUUUCAGCCCAACCAGUAACGUUUUCUGGCAGGCGUAUGAUCAGUAUGAGGGAAACGUCAACCAGGACAUGUUGGACAUCAUCAGUGAUACCGUGUCGACCAGAUUCAGCAAUUUCUCAGCCAACUGGGCUCUCGUUGUUACUUGGAGUAAUGUUCGAGCAAUUUCAUUAUCUCGUGAGACAAACACAUUCCAAGCUGUUCUCGCGACGGACGGUAUUCGUGGCUUUGUGAUAUUCAAUUACGAUCCCUGCGGCACAAAUUGGGACUUCAGCUUUUUACUGAACAAGAAUGUCAUCCAGGGCUUUACCUGCGGGACGCCCGAUGCUGAUCCUGUCUACGUGGUGAACGUACCGGGGGAAUCGCUGUACCACCCCGGUACCACCAAAGGAAAUGUGGGUCAGGCAGGACGUUGGGUGUUCCGCCUCAACACACCAAGACCGGACUUCGUCAAUCCCCGCCAACAGUGUCACAACUGGCACAGCCGCCAGCCACCUUACCAUUCACUUGGUAUCUAUUUGGAUGCCUUCGCUGAUACGUGCCCCUGCAGCCUUGUCAAUGCCCGGUUGGACUGGCGAUACAUACCGAUCCCAGCCUAUAAUCUGCCUCCAGAACUACGUUCAGAUUUCCCUGCUGUUUGUUACGUGCGACUGUACCAAUCGCCCGGAGCGCCAGGCCCUCAGUGUUGCUACAAUACUUUCACCGGUGAUCUCCUGUAUGACGUGAGGAGUCCUAGGGUCGCUUCUGUCUUGGAGAGGUUCCCGUUCAGUCCAAUAUUUUACACGGACGAUUGGUACCAACAGUGGUUAGAUGAAGAGGUGUGGCCUCGGUACUAUUGCUGUGAACAAUCAACGCUUUGCCAUCUGUACAAACAAUGGCGCCCUCUUAUGGAUUGCAAGGCGUAUGUUCCUCCUGCCUGGUUGUGGUUGUGGGGCGACCCCCAUGUCGUUACGCUUGAUGGACUGGAGUACACCUUCAAUGGUCUGGGGGAAUACACACUAGCACUCAUCGAGGAUGACGAUGGACAAAGAGUCUUUCAACUACAAGGUCGCACACGACAGGCCGUGGAUACGGAGACAGGGGAACUUAGCCAGGCAACUGUCUACUCUGGAUUCGCUGCGGUGUACACAGGAGAAGCAAGGAUUGAGGUCAAGUUGAGUGAUGAUGCCAUGGAUUUGGUAACGACUGUCAAUGGGACCGUUGUCACACCCACUACUCAAGGAUUGGUGUUUGACAAUCUUCGGGUGACGAAGACAGGGAACCCAAUCAAAGUGAGCGUCGUGUAUUCUGAUCAUGUCACCUUUAUUGUUGGAGUGAACAACAGCAUGGCCGACAUCACAGUCCUUUUCAACGAGGACCUCAAAGGCAAAACCAAGGGAAUAAUAGGUGUGUGGGAUGACGACCCCAGCAAUGAUGUUUUGAAGCCUGAUGGAUCUCUGCAAACGGGCUCUGGAGACAAUGGAGUGCUGGUGGAGAUAGACUACUUCGAAUUUGGCGAAGCAUGGAGAAUUGAGGAGGAAGACUCUCUGUUCUUCUACCAGUCUCCUGCUGAAAGCUAUGACUCCUUGAACGACCCCAACUUCAGUCCAGACUUCCUGCAAGAGUUGAUUGACAAGGCACCGCCGGGCAAAUACAACGAGGCCAAGGCGGUCUGCGGGUCAAGCAAAACGUGUCUGUACGAUUCCUUGGCUCUGAAUGAUACAAGCAUCGGUAUGGCUACCUUAAUGCUCAAUGAGAUGAACAGCAUUAAUAUGGUGUUGUCAACGAACUUCCCGCCCAAUCUGACGCUGGUGGAGUCCAUUGAGGUGGUUGUAGGACAGACCUUCACCUUGCAAUUAGAAGCAACAGAUCCAGAUGGAGAUAAUAUCACAUACCACCUGCUUUCGAUGGUAGAAGGGGCAUCAAUUUCACCUGAUGACGGUCUGUUUACAUGGACUCCUGCAAACAGGUCCAAGGUCUCGAUUGGUUUCCAAGCCACCGACGGUAAAGCCAAUGCAGCACUGGAACCCAUUGUGAAGCUUUGCGGCUGUGAGAAUGCCGGCGCAUGCCUGUUCGAUCAGUACGUCAGUGGAACCAAUCUCGUGCAGGAUCGUUUCGGGGUGGUAUUGUGUGAGUGUCAGUCGGGCUGGUCUGGUGAGUUUUGCGAUACGGAUUACGACGCCUGCGCUGACAACCCUUGUUUCAUGGGCGUGGCUUGUACUGAUGAGGCCCCGCCAUCGUACAACAGUACCUGCGGACCUUGCCCUGAAGGACUCGAGGGAGACGGCAAGAGCUGCCAAGAUAUUGAUGAGUGCGAGUUGUACAAAAACCAGACAGCUAGCAGUGGUGGACUAGGCUGCGAUCAUAACUGUGACAACAUCCUCAUGAACUACACGUGCAGCUGUAAUCCUGGAUAUGUACUUCACGACGAUGACAGACAGUGUAUCGAAGCACCUUCCACUAUGGCUCCUACCUCAGCCGCAGAUUCAACGCCAACUGAUCAGUCAGAGACCUCUACUGCAGCAGAAGAAGCGCCAUCAACGGUGGCUCCGAUGUUGGCUUCAACAACUUCGGGAACCUCUUCCGCAGCAGAAGAAGCGCCAUCAACGGUUGCUCCGAUGUUAGCUUCAACAACUGAUCAGUUGGGAACAUCUUCUGCAGCAGAAGAAGCGCCAUCAACGGUUGCUCCGAUGUUAGCUUCAACAACUGAUCAGUUGGGAACAUCUUCUGCAGAUGAAGCGCCAUCAACGGUGGCUCCGGUGUCAUCUGCAUCAGCUUCAACGAGUUACCAAUCGGAUACCUCUUCUGCAGACGUUCCAUCUACGACCCCUCAGAGAUCAACUUCAACUUCGGGUUUGACUUCAAAAACAACUACCGGUCCUGCAGAUGAGACAACGUUUACUGCAACAUGUGAUAUCACUCACAUUGAUGGUUUGAAUGCUACUUUUGACGAUGCUUACUUGGAUUCUACAACAGAAGAAUACGAAAGUUUAAGUUUAAGGAUCAUCAAUGCGAUCUCUCUGGAAUUCAGUGUAAGGUAUUCAGUCAACCAGGUAACAAUCGUGGUUGUUUUCAAGUUUGCUGUGAAUGCAAUCGGAGUGACUUUGGACAUCACAGUUGUCAUUGUGAUUGACAUCAGUGAUCUUUUGGAUUUAAUUCGCUGUGCGCUUGAGAAAGCUCUGAUCGUCAUCAAAAAUCUGCUCGCCCAAGAACAAACCACCACUCCUGAGCUAACCAGCACUCCAGAACUAACCAUCACUCCAGAACCAACCACCACUCCGAUACAAUCAACCGCCAUUACAUCAGCUACCACCGUAGAUGGACCUCCCACAACAGCACAAACCACUACUCAAGAACCAACCACCACUCCAAACUGCCAGGUGAUAAGUUGUCUGAAUGGAGGGACAUUCGAUGCUGAGUUUUGCGAGUGUGUUUGCCCACCUACACACUCUGGAGUAACAUGCUCUGAUGAGAAUCUGUGUCUGUCUGGUGAUAGAUGCCCUGGUGUACAAAGCUACUGUUUGCCAGACUUAAACCAAGAUGGCUUCACUUGCAGUUGCAGUGUUUUCGAUGGGUUUUUCCCGCAGGACGAUGGUUCAUGUCGAGAACUUCCGUCUAAACAGAUUGUGCUGACAGUUGAUUUGGAUUUCAAUCAGGCCUUCAGAAAUCCGUCAUCAAGUGCAUUCAGGAGGCUAGCUGCUGUGUUUGAACGGAUGAUUUUCAUGAUAUUGAAUGAGAACCCAUCCACCAACGGUGUAUCGUCAGUUCACGUCCCGUGGCUGCAGGAAGGCAGUGUUAUCAUCAGGUCUGUGGCUUCAUUUGAAAAUGGUGCGCCCUCAGAAUCCACCCUGCAGCAAGUCAUGUCGAACAGUCCAUCGCUGAUCGACGGCAAUACAGUCAUCAACAUAAUCAACCCGGAUUCCAUCAUUGUAAAUGAUGGGGAAGUAGUCUGUGUACCUACUUACUGCAAGAAUGGUGGGACUUGUGAGACGUCUGGAAACUUCCCUAACGUAUUGUUUACGUGCAGUUGUCAAGCUUCAUAUACCGGGGAACGUUGCGAGACAGAACUUGAAGAGCCUGACGAUGGCGGCCUAUCCACAGUCGCUUUAGUACUCAUCAUCGUUGGCUUGAUUGUGCUGAUUACCGUUGUGGUGUGCAUGCUGGUCUGCAUGUGUCUCCUCAUUCAGAGGCAACAGGCCAAGGCACUGGCUUACCGUGAGGACAGGCAACGGUCUCGUGUGCCAAGAGAAAGCCGGAACGCUUUCGAUAACUACGUUGAUCUGAGCGCGGAGUAUGGUGAUGUCUCCCGUUCGGUAGAUGCCUAUGAUGAGGGGGAUAGGAUGAAUCGUCUGAUGCACGUGAUGAGCCGAUCUCCCUACCUACAGCAGAACUUGUCUGGUCAAGAGGAGUUUGUCCGACCCUACAUGGUUACUGGAAUGGAAGGGCCUUACCAUGAGGAUCCCCCUGUCAACCUUGCAGGUCGUGUGGUGCGCAAUCCCAUGGUCAACUAGACUUUGCAUCCGUCGACUACAUUUGAGAAACCCGACUGUAACGUAUUCUACAAUUCAUUCUUUUUAAUCCUGCGGUAAAAUGUCAAAAAAAGCUACCCUUGUUUUUUUUAUCCUUAUUCAUAAAUUAACCUAUCGCAAGAGAAUCGCGUCAAGGCAGCUUGUAAAAUGUUGUCCAAUUACGUGAUAUACAAAAUGGACGCGGAACGCGCAAAAAUCUGAGACAAACACAAUUUAUCAUACACAAUUCCAUAGGGUUGCCUAA